AGAGAUCUUUGCAUUAUGGCAACUAUUGAAAUAGAGUCUCCUGCUAAUGUGAGGAUUUUAGAAAGAAAAGUGGUUAUCCUUGAAAAUCAGAUUCAUGACCUGAAGUAUCGCAUUAUUAGCAAUGAGAGGAAAGUGGCAGAGGAGAAACGACGUAAAUUAGACUCCAAAUUCAAACAGAAAUUCAAACAGCAGCGCUUACCAGCAUGGCAGCCCAUUCUUACAGCAGAUACAGUCCUCCCAGCAUUUUUCCUUAUUGGAUUACUCUUCAUCCCACUUGGUGUUGCACUCUUGUACUUCUCUGAAAAUGUUCAGCAGUUUGAAUUGGAUUACACAGAUUGUGUAAGUAUUGAUGCCACAGAAUACAAUGGACAGCCUUGCAUGGAAGUUAUAAGUAAAAAUGUCUCAUCUAAGUGUAGUUGUCUGGAACCUUUCACACUUGAUAAGGAUUUUGAGAAGAAUGUUUAUAUGUACUAUGGCUUGGAUAAUUUCUACCAAAACCACCGACGAUAUGUAAAAUCCAGGUAUGACUACCAGUUGCUUGGGAAAAAGGUUACGACUGUCCCUUCAGAUUGUGAGCCUUUUGGCAAAGAUCAAGAUGGGAAUAUUUAUGCUCCAUGUGGUGCUAUUGCCAACUCUAUGUUCAAUGACACACUCAAACUAUACCGGAAGGCGAGCCCUGAAAAUGAAGAAAUCAAGUUACUUAAAAGAGGCAUUGCUUGGCCCACAGAUCGAACACUCAAGUUCAAAAACCCUCCUGGUGCACUCAACCAGACUGAAGCUUUUGCAGGUACAGCGAAGCCUCUUUAUUGGACAAAGAGUGUCUUUGAUUUAGAUCCAGAUGAUCCAGAAAACAAUGGUUUCCAGAAUGAAGACCUAAUAGUGUGGAUGAGGAGCGCUGCUUUCCCAAAAUUCCGCAAGCUUUACAGGAAGAUUGAUCAUUCAGAGAUUGGGUACAAGUUUGGAUUGCCAGCUGAUAACUAUUUGUUAGAAGUAGAAUACAACUACCCAGUUCAUGCUUUUGAUGGAAGAAAACGCAUGUUCCUUUCUACUACCAGCUUUCUUGGAGGGAAAAACAGCUUCUUGGGAAUUGCUUAUAUCACUGUAGGUGCUAUUUGUCUGCUCCUUGGCAUAAUUUUCCUCAUCAUUCACAUCAAGUUUGGAAAAAGGAAAGUCACAUGAUACAAGAUAGUUAUGGGCUGUGGAUCAACUGAACAUCACCCCGAACACAGGCUAUAAUGAUUAAUUUAAUUAAUUAUACUGCAAAGUCAUGUAUUGUGUGAAAUAUGAUUGUGAACAUUAGUUGCAGUAGUGUACUAUAUAUAGGUGAGGAGAGCAGAAAGUGCUAUUUUAUAAUCUUCAUAUAUGAGGAUAAUUUGACUUUGAUUUCAUACCAAAGAAUUAUAUUUAACACAGAUCUUUAUGGGGUUAUAGUUACUAUUGUAAUGAAGAAGUGUAAGUGUUUUCUGGUCAGGUUAUUAAGAAAGUUCUUGGUCUGAGCAUAGUUUUAUUAUACAAGUAUCACAGCGUUUUGGUUUGUCAAGAAUGCUGGGAACUUUAUUAAUGUCUGAUGUGCUCAAAAAAUACAAGAUGCACAUGAUUUUAGUGUAAGCAAAUACCACUGGAAAAUAAUGGCAGAAUUUCAAUGCCAAGAGCUUUGACAUUUAUUGUACCCUGACGAUGUGUGCAUAAUUGUAAACAUGCAGGUACUGAACUUCUGUCAUUAUCCAGUGAUAUUUACUUAUCUUUUGUCAUAUUUGUACUCUGUGGAAUGGUUUAGGAUUUGAGUACUUGAGAAUGUUUCAAAGCAAAUAGGAUUAUUCCCAGCAGUUAUUGCAUAUUUCUUCUUAUUUAAAUUAAGUCACUUUUAUAAGCAUUAUCAAGCAAACAAAAUAUUGAAUCACUGGAUGUAUAUAUAAUUUUAUAGUCAUUGUUUUAUUAUUUGAAACGGUAUAAAUUAUAUAUUCCUGAAAAGAAUGUACUGUAUCUCUUUUUCAGGAUGAAAAGAAACAUAUGUACUUAUUAUUUGGGAAGGUAUAAGUUAUAUAUUCUUGAAAAGAAUGUAGUAUGUAUUGUAUCUCUUCUUACAGAUGAAAAACAUACUAAGUUUUUAAUGUCUUAGAACUUUAUUCCUUGUCUUGUAAGUUGAUACCUGAACAUAAAUGUUGAAUGAAAGCGUAAGCAUAUAUUUGAUCUGUAUAAGCAUAUACUAUUUGGAAUUAUAUGCCUUUAAAAUUUCAUGGUCCACUUUUAGAGGUUCUAGUAUCUCCAUCUAAAGGAGUUUGAUGGCUAUUUGGUGAUAAAUUAAAAUUACUCAAUAAUAAUUAAAAAGUAACUAAGUUACCAUGCUGUUUAAGAGACAUGAUAGCACUACAUAAAGAGAAAUAAUGAGCAUUUCCCCUUAUUUUAUAAAUUUGCAGACUUUCAUUAUGGGUUUACAAAGAUGCGUCUUGUACCAAACUUCAUAUUGAUAUACAAAUUUAUCUCCUUGGUUUGAUAUAGUUACAGUACUUCAUUGUGUUAUGCUUAGGAAGAGUACACUUAUAAGUAAGAAUUGAUUUCUGCUUUGCAAAAUUUUACAUUUAUUUUUUGAUAAUUGGAUUCAUUUAUUUAAUAGGUUCAGACUGCUUCAGGACUGCAUAUUAAGUCUAGUCAGUAUUUUACUUACCGUGGAAGUAAUAUUGAUACUGUAAUUUCUGGGUCUCUGAGAUUGCCUCACAUCUCUUUAUCAGCAAAUUGGGGUUGUCACAACUAAGUCAAUGGCCACAAUCACUGGUACUACUGGACAACUUGUGAUAUAUGUAAUCAAUAGGUAGGCAUACUUGCUUUAUGUCAAACUUGGGGUCAGUUAUGUUUGGGUAUUACAUAAAUAGUUUCAUUUGGGAAUAUUCCAUCUAUUCGUGAUUGAAUGCCUGUUCGCUAUUAUAUAAUAAUGUCCUUCAUUUGUAAGAAAAGCAGAUCUAAACAUUGUGGAUAAGCAUUUUUUAGUACUAGUACUUAAUUCUAGCUCUUGCAAUCAUGUCAUUUUCCAUAAUUUGUGACACAAAAUAUUUUUUACGUCUUGAGAAUAUUUUACAAUUCUUUUUGUUAUUUUUUCCCUAAUAGGAAUAUUUUACUGUCCCCCAUUUUAUGUUCACUCGUACUUGUGAUUCAUCUGUAAUAUGUUAAGCUGUUAAAAAUUGAUGUGGUGCUUACUGCGUAUUGUAUAAAGUACAGUAUUAAAUUUUACUUGCUAACUUUAUGAUGGGAUACUGAUAAAGUGAAUGCUCCUUUCUCUGUGAAAGAGCGUAAUUCUCUAAUACAUAAUUUAAGUGUUAGUAUUUGAGAAUGUUUCUGUGAGGAAUGUUUGUUUAUUUAAGCCUUUAGGUUCAAAUCACAAGUUGCAUUUUAAUUAAAAGUAAGAGAAUUUAUGUUUAGUAAUUAUACAUUUUGUAGGGUAUAGCCUCUUUCAAUACUUUAUAUACUUGUAGCCUUACAAAUUAUUGCAAGAUUAAUUUUUCUUUAAAGAGUUCCAUUUUGCUUUUAGAGGGCCCACAUUUAUAUUCAACAAAGAUGGAGAAAUGUUCUAUGUAGAGGCAAUUUUUUACGUUCCAGAUUUCACUGAAUAUAUGUAUAUUUUGAGAUACAAUUGGCUUUGUUCUUUUAACCAAAGUCUGCAGUGUACAGGCAUUUCCCGGUGAUUGGCAGGGUGCUGAUAAGCGAAACCCACGAUUAACCGAAACUCAGCGAUUUGUGGUGCCGAUAACCAGUUAAUAGCACCUCUUAGGUAUGUUAUGGUGCCACAAUGCUAUUAUCAGCACCUUAUUGUGCCAUUAAGCAAAAUUUGGCCUGUUAUGGCACCAUUAAUAAAAAAUUGGCCUGCUCUGGCACCAUAAAACCGGAUCGCCAUUAACCAAGACCGCCGAUAACCGGGGACUGCCUGUAAUAAUUAUCCAGAUGUAAGAGUGCACAUCUAAUAAAAACCAUGUCAUGGUAGCAUGAUAGUAAUGUACUAUUGAACUUCACAUUAGGCUAAAGUUGCACUGUCAUAGAUGUUUGUCUUCAUAAAAGUGUAACUGUUGUAUGCCAUAAUAGCCUUAUCAUCUGGAAUUACAUCCUGCAGUGUAAUUACAAAGAAUUUCUAAGUGACCUUAUAUGUAGCAUGAUUAAGUUUCUUUUAAGGUUAAAAAAAUGUGGAUUUUGUUAUUUUGGUUUUAACUUGGUUUAUGAUGGUUUAUAGUCUGACAUCUUAAAUAAAAUUAUAUCUUA